AUGGCUGCGCAAGCCAAUAAGCCGGUGCAGGCAACCAAGUCUAGCACUUCUUCCACGCCAAAUGCUACUGCUUCUGUCAGACUGGAGAAGACUCACCCAGGAGUUCGCCGCUCGACUCCUGAUUCAGAGGCAUUGGCGUCGUCCGAUGACGACGUAGAACACACCCAGGUUACAUCUACAUCUACCAUUGCACCCAUUCCAAAGCCUGCUCGUCGUACUUCGUGGCUCAAUGAAGUGCCUGUCAACAUCCAUCGAAAAGCUUCUUUGACUAGCUCUGGCCCCUUGUCCUCCGGUGCUUCAAAUCCGAGUAGUCCCGCGACUGACCAGUCCGGAUGGCCUAGCACGAGCCCCGUAAUGAGUAGUUCCAUCAACUGGAAUCAUGUUGGGAGUGGCUCAUUCCCAUGGGGCACUGGAAUCUGGAACAGUGAAUCUCGAAAAGAACCACCUCCUCGUCUGGCUGAAAUCGUCCCGUCGCCCACUAUGUCUAAUCCUUCAACAGCUAGCAACUAUUUCAAUGAUGAGUUGCUGAGCCCUACAACCCGCACGACAUCUGGCGAAUCGGCUAUUCCAUUCUCAAUUCCGCUUCACCCAACCCCUAAAACCUAUCGUUCGCAGUCAUACUCGGUGGGCCAGUUAGAUCCAGAAUUCCUAAACCUAAUGGCAAAUAAGCCCGGUGCAACUUACUCCGGCGUUCGCUCUCGAAAUGGGGGUCAGUUUUCUGCGUUGCAGCAUCGCUCAUCCCGGCCUAGCCUUCUUGAAUUAGGACAUGAUCCUGCUACUCUCGGUCAGGUUCGCGAAGACGAUGACGGCGAGGAUGGAAGCCCCAACAGCUCGGAUCAUAGUCUCAGCAACUAUGCCAGCAACCAGGCCCGCACCAUCGAACAACUGUCUCGAGAGAACGCUCUUCUGCGUAAGGCUGCCGGGCAGAUGGAUAGCAGCUUCCGAGACCGUGCUAUGUCGUCCGCUUCCGCGACCGGCGGAUACGUGGUUGGCGCAGGUGCUCAUAACUUGCACCGCAUCCGUGGCGGUGUCCCAGAAGAGGCAGAUUUGGCAGUGGAAGAUCUUGACGAAGUGGGCGACAUCCCUGGCUACAACAGUAUCCAUGGCAGUGCCAGGAGGAGGUUUUCUGAGCACUCGGCCAACCUCGAAAAACAAUUUCCACCGUUCACUUCACUGGAAAACCGGGCUUUGGAUAAUGUCAGGAAGGCCCACUGGCAAACCUCCCUUGGCUUUGGCAGUAUGGUCGAUAUUCCUCAGAGUCGACGGCACUCUUUUGCCGAUAUCCCUAUUCGCCACGGUUCUAUUUCUGGUGAAUCACAAGUAGCCGCAACCUCGAGACCUGGGAUUGGAGACCGGGAGGAUAGCUAUGUUGGUGUCACUGAACCUGCCCUUUCAAACGUGCAAGGCCAGAAUCGUGAGUAUUAUCGUGUUCAUAUGGCCCCUCGUCCCGAGGAGCAUGAAAUGGAAACGGAGUAUUUACGAGCUCGUCAAUUUGCAGAAUCCUACUUUGCUCGAGAUCAAGCUCUUCGUGCUGCCGAGGCUCCCUCCGCAGUGCCAACGUCCCUUCACCAAGCAUAUACGAUGCCGACUGCCUAUGCCCGCCAUCAGGCAGGCCUCGCGCAUUCGCACCAGAACCAGCUUCUUUACAUUGUGACGUUCAAGUGCCAUCGUGCGGAUGUUUUCUACAUCCAAGAAGACACGGGCCUUCAAGUGAAACCUGGCGAUUUAGUCAUCGUUGAAGCCGACCGCGGCACCGAUCUCGGAACCAUCCAGCAUGCCAACGUUUCGAUGCAAAGGGCCCGUGAACUGAAACAACAGUAUGCUGAAGAACAUUACAAAUGGUUGAUGAUGUUUUCUAGACAAGGCCAGAGUGGAGCCGCCAACGUCAUCAGUCCCUCGGGGGGCUUGAACAGCCGAAGCGCCAUUGGUGGCAUGGGUCCCCAUGGUCCUCAUGGAGUGCAGGAGUCGGCGGCAGACAUAAAGCCAAAAUUGAUUAAGAGACUUGCUCAGAACCAUGAGAUUCUAACAUUGCGUGAUAAAGAAGGCAACGAGGCGAAGGCCAAGCGGGUCUGCCAGCAGAAAGUUGCUGAACAUCGGCUCAACAUGGAGAUACUUGAUGCGGAAUUCCAAAUGGAUUGGAAGAAGCUCACUUUCUAUUACUUCGCGGACUCAUAUAUCAACUUCAACUCUCUUGUGACUGAUUUAUUCAAGAUUUACAAGACUAGGAUUUGGAUGUCAGCCAUUAAUCCUGCUUCGUUUGUCACGCCCCCAACUGCUGGUUUGCAGCCUCCAAACCCUCUGGGCUACAAUACCGAGAGCCAAACAGACCGAUCUCAUCACCCAGAAAGCAGGGCAUACGGUCAUGCUCGUGAUGGGGUUGACAGAGAAGCUAUUACCAAUCAGAUGGGUGCGCUGCGUAACGCAUACACAGAGUCCUAUCAACCUUUCGGGCAGGGUCUUCGCCAGCCGGAAUCUGGUUUGGGUGCGCUCGCUACUGGUGAUCCUUUUUCUCCCUACCCACCAACAGCAUAUGGUGGCUUAGAGUCUAGCUAUGUUGAUUAUGCGACUAGUCCUGGAACAGCUGCUGGUCCUCGUAUUCACCAGUCUCCUGCAGAUUGGGCGGGCCGCUUCCAGGGACUGUCUCUAGGUUCUUGA